CUUUAACAUAGUUGUUGUUGUUCGUGUGUGUUAAGUAAUAUUUUUUCUUAAAUCUAUUAUUAAAUUACGAAUAAUAUGUGUCUUAUCUAAUUUUAACUUUGUGAUACUUCUAUUUUAAUCUUAAGUCAGUAUAUAUACAGUACGUACGUACUUAUCUUUGCCCUAGUAUUCUGACAAACUCAUUUCAUGCAGUGAAUUUUCAAAAUUGUACCACUGCAGUAGACUAUUUCCGUGACGAUAACAUUAUACUUUCUGAUUUUACCUUCGGCAAGGUCAUUGUUAAAUCGAAAUGCACAUGAUGGAUAUUUACCCGAUUUCAUUGAUUAGUGUGUUUCUCUACGAUGUGAUUGAAAUUCAGAGGUGGCAUAUUUGUCUGGUUUCUCGUGGUCGACGGAGUCUUGAUUAAUUAUUUAAGAUUGGAAGAAUGGAAGAAUUUUAUGAUAGUACAAGGUAUCAUUUUGGCAGUGUAGAUUAUUCUGUCUUUGGUUUUAUGUUAGGACUGAGUGCUCUAACUGGGCUGUAUUUUGGAUGCAAAAGCAGAAUAUGGAGCAAAUCUCAGGAUCAGUCUCUAGAAGAGUAUCUAAUAGGAGGCAGAACCUUAACAUGUCUUCCAGUAGCCAUGUCUUUAGUUGCAAGUUACAUUUCUGGGGUGACUGUUUUGGGAAGCCCCACAGAAAUAUAUUAUUUUGGCAGCCAAUAUAUGUUAAUAGUAGCUGCCAUAUUUAUUAGUGGAACAGUUAUUACUUUUGUUUAUUUACCAGUAUUUUGCCAAUUGAGGGUGGCUUCCUCCUAUGAGUAUUUAGAAAUGAGAUUUAGUACAGUUGUUCGAAUAAUGGCUUCUGCCUUUUUUGUAUUGGAUGAAAUUAUGUUUUUACCAAUAAUAGUUUAUGUUCCUUCCUUAGCAUUUAAUCAAGUUACUGGUUGUGAUAUACAUAUCAUAGGUACCAUAGUUACUCUUAUUUGUAUAUUUUAUACAUUUCUGGGUGGUUUAAAAGCCGUCGUAUGGACAGACACUUGGCAAAUAAUAGCAAUGUUUUUAUCCACAAUAAUGGUCAUAAUCAUAGGAACUAUAUAUGCAGGUGGUCCAGGUCCUGUCUUUUCCAAAUUUUCUGAAGGUGGACGAGUUAUUUUAUUCGAUUUCAACACCAGUAUGUAUCAAAGAUACACGUUCUUCAGCGUUUUAAUUGGUGGCUUCACCUACUGGACAAGCUUCAAUGCUGUCAAUCAAACGAUGGUGCAACGGUACAUGUCCCUUCCCAACUACGCCAAAGCUAGAAAGGCAGUCAUAUUCUUCACAAUUGGUGUCUCAAGCUUUGUCUGGCUGUGCACCUACGUUGGAUCUCUGUUGUAUUAUGAAUAUUCCGGAUGUGAUCCCAUGGUUGCAGGAAGAAUAACAGCUGCAGAUCAGUUGGUGCCACUAUACGUCAUGGACUCAGCUGGUAAUUUGUCCGGGAUUCCCGGCCUUUUUAUUUCCGGAGUGUUCGGCGCCUCAUUGAGUUCUUUGUCCGUUGUACUUAACUCGACCGCCCAAGUCAUCCUGGAGGAUAUCAUAAAAGGAUGCCUGAAAAAGAAUCCGUCCGAGGCAAAAGGCAAGAUUAUUGUCAAAACGAUAGUUUUAAUUUUGGGGGCUGUUGCUUUAGGUGGACUAUAUGUGGUUGAACACAUGGGUGGAGUAUUGGAGAUGGCCACUGCUUUUACUUCGAUAGCUGCUGGCACAACUUUCGGGAUCUUUACUCUUGGUAUGGUGUUCCCUUGGGUCACUAGUAAGGGUGCAAUUGUUGGAGCAUUAGCAGGUAUGGCGAUAUCAAGUACCAUAACUUAUGGAAGCGAGUACAUGGUAGCCACCCAUCAAGUUGUUGCUCACAAACUUCCAGUCAGUAUUGAUGAUUGUUACAAAUAUGGUGUUAACACCACAAUGGUUGAUCCUGUUUAUCCAGAUGAAUCUCAUAUCUUUCCAUUGUUCAGGCUGUCUUAUUUAUGGAUUACACCUAUUGGUGUUGUCACUGUAAUUACAGUUGGCCUAAUUACAACUUUAUUAACAGGAAAAAACGAUAUAAGAGAAAUGGACCCAGACCUAAUUACACCUGUGGCUCAUUGGAUGCUCCCUCCUGAAUCUCAAAGGUACAGGGGGGCGGCAAAAACUGCUUUCUUGAACAGGUUUUCGGAUCGAGAAAGAAUGGUUCAAGAAAUGAGAUUAACUGAAUAAUCAUAUGGCCCAAACAUCAACAUCUUCCGAGUACAAUGACACGAUAGUAUUAUAUGUUUUAUAUUUAUUAUAAGAAUAAAAUUUUAAUACACGUU